AUGCAGCUCGCUCUCUCUUUCUCCACCCUGCUCGCCAGCGUCCUCCUCCUUCUUUCCGCCGCCGACGUCCAGGCCGUGCCUGUCAAGCGCUCCAAGACCAUCACCCUCCCUCUCACCCGCAUCCACCAGAACCGCGGAGAUGUUCAUCCUUCGGUGCUCCUCCAGCAGCACAUCAACCGCGGCCAGCGUCGUAUCGCGCGCAUGAAGGGCGUUUCCCCGCCCAGCAAGCGCGACCUCGAGGAGGCCAUUUUGAAGCGGCUCUACAUCCCCCAGAACGGUCGCCCCCACUUCAAGCGUUUCAACCGCGGCGGCACCGCGUCUCACCCGAACUCGCUCGUCGAGGAAGACGAGGACGAGGCCGAUGACGAAGACGCGGAGGACGACGAGACCUCGGAACUGUCCGCGCUCGGCCACAAGCACAAGACCCCGGCAACCGACACCAACGAGGCUGCGCGCAAGAAGAAGGGCAAGGGCGGCAAUGCCACCGCCGCCGCCGCCGCCGGCACCAACGUCGUCAGCAGCUCGACCGCGGCUGCUGCCGCCAAGGCGAACCUCACGCCUGCCAGCGACCCAACCGGCAACAACUCGCUCGGUCUUGACAUCGAGGGUAGCGACGUCGGUUACAUUGCGACGGUCCAGAUGGGCACCCCUCCUCAGGACUACAGGCUUCUCAUGGACUCCGGUUCCGCGGACCUCUGGGUCGCGGGCGAGAGCUGCCAGUCUGAGGGUGGCGGCACCUGUGGCCCCCACACCACGCUCGGGACCACCAGCUCCUCGUCCUUCAAGGACAGCGGCAAGGCGUUCGAGGUUACCUACGGCACUGGCCACGUUACUGGUACCAUCGUCACGGAUGACAUCACGGUCGCCGGCCUGACCCUCUCUGCCCACUCGUUCGGCGCCGCCGCCACUGAGUCGACCGACUUCUCGGACUCCUCCGUUCCCUUCGAUGGUCUCAUGGGCCUCGCUCAGUCGACCCUUUCCAACCAGCAGGUCCUGACCCCCGUCGAGUCCAUGGCCAAGGCCGGCCUCAUCACCGACGCUAUCACCUCGUACAAGAUCUCCCGUGUCUCUGACGGCACCAACGACGGCGAAAUCACCUUCGGCGGCCUCGACGAGACCAAGUUCGACUCCGCGACGCUUACCACCUUCAACAACGCCGCUUCCGGCCAGGCCGCCGGCUUCUGGGAGGGCGCGAUGGACGCCGUGACCGUCGACGGCACCGACACUGGGCUCACUGGCCGCACCGCGAUCCUCGACACCGGCACCACCCUCAUCAUCGCUCCCACUGCCGACGCUGAUGCGGUGCACAAGCUCAUCUCCGGCGCGCAGUCCGACGGCCAGGGCGGGUUUGUCAUCCCGUGCAACACCAACUCGACCGUCGCGCUGUCGUUCGGCGGCACCUCGUUCGACAUCAGCACGAAGGACCUCGUCUUCGCCCAGGCGGACAACACCGGCACGAACUGCAUCUCUGGCAUCUCCUCGGGCCAGAUCAUCGACGCCACGACCUGGCUGGUUGGCGACGUGUUCCUCAAGAACGCCUACUUCUCCACCGACGUCACGAAGAACACGAUCUCGCUCGCGAAGCUUGUCUGA